AAAAUCUUAAGUGGUCGUCAACACCAGCAUGGUUGGAAGAUUAUGAGAUUAUGAUCCAUUGAUAUAUGAAGAAGCUGUUAAAGAAGAAAAGUGGCAAAAGGCCAUGGCAGAAGAAAUUGGUUCUAUUGAAAGGAACCAGACUUGGGAGUUGACAGAUCUUCCAGAAAGGCACAAAACAAUUGGUGUUAAGUGGAUCUACAAAACAAAGCUCAAAGAGAAUGGGGCGGUUGACAAAUUCAAAGCUCGCUUGGUGGCAAAAGGUUACAAGCAAGAGUUUGGCAUUGAUUAUCAAGAAGUUUUUGCUCCAGUUGCAAGGAUGGAUACCAUCAGAUUGGUGAUUGCACUGGCAGCACAGAACUCAUGGCCGAUCUACCAGCUUGAUGUGAAAUCUGCCUUCUUGCAUGGAAAUCUGCAAGAACAGGAAGUUCUGGACAGAUUUCAAAUGAAGAACUGCAGUUCUGUCACUAAACCAGUUGACAAAGGUGUAAAGCUUGUGAAAGAUCCAGGAGGCAGAUCUGUGGACAGCAAACUAUAUAUGGAGCAUCCAAAGGAGUUGCACUUGCAAACUGCUAAAAGAAUUCUCAGGUAUUUAUGUGGAACUACAGAUUUUGGACUAUUCUACAAGAAAGGUGACCAAACAGAUCUCGCAGGCUUUACAGACAGUGAUUAUGCUGGAGAUCUGGAUGACAGAAAAAGCACUUCUGGGUUUGUUUUUAUGUUGAGAUCUGGUGCAAUUUCAUGGUCUUCAAAGAAGUAGCCCAUUGUGACUUUGUCCACAACAGAAACGGGGUAUGUGGCAGCAACUUCUUGUGCUUGUCAAGCUAUUUGGUUGAGAAGAAUUAUGGAAGAACCUGAGCUGAAUCAACAUGAGGCCACUUU